UCCUCCCUCUGUGUGCUGAUAUGUAGGUAUAAGACCCCACGCAGGAAUGUGAUCGCAUCAGAAUAUAAUCGAGCUUUGUGUGUCUGCUUCUGUGCGUCGAGCCGGAGCCGCUCCAACAUGCACCAGCUGCUGAUCUUGUACCUGGCGUGCGCGUGGACGCUGUGCGCGGGAUCGGGGGAUUGGUGCUACCAGUCCGAGUUUUCCUGUGAUCAUCAAUGCAAUGUACCAGAAAACUGGGACCACGCCAGCAAGAACUGUGCUGGAAGAGACCAGUCACCCAUCAACAUCGUCACCAGAAAGACAGUGAAAGAUGACCGUCUGACUCCUCUCAAAUUCCAGAACUACCAACACAUAUUCAGAGGCUUGAUCAAAAACAACGGCCAUUCCGUCCAAAUUGGAAUUUCUCAUCCCAGCACCAUCUCAGGUGGGGGUCUUUCAACCACUUACAAAGCAGUGCAGUUCCAUCUGCACUGGGGCAGCAAUGGAGGUCCAGGAUCCGAACACACCAUUGACGGGGAGCAGUAUCCCAUGGAGCUGCACAUCGUUCACAUGAAGAGCCAAUAUAAUGACCUGCCGACGGCUCUGAGGGAUAGAGAGGGAGUAGCAGUUCUAGGGUUUUUCUAUGAGAUGUCCAACAGCCCAAACCGAAAGUAUGAGACGCUCAUCAACGCACUGAGAAACAUCAAAUCUGCACAUGGAAACACUACUCUGUCCCCCAUCGCCUUGGCUGAAUUGAUCCCCCCUGAGCAUAAUAUGACCUCCUACUUCCGUUACCGUGGUUCCCUGACCACCCCCGACUGCAGCGAGUCUGUUGUUUGGACCGUGUUCGAGAACCCCAUACCUUUGAGCAUGAAUCAGCUGAAGGCUUUCUCUGAGCUUCGGUUCCAAAACGGGAAGCCCCUGGUGAAGAAUUUCAGGCCACUCCAGCCCUUGAAUGGUCGGGUUGUCUUCCGCUCAGCGGGCGCAGCGGUUUUGAUCAGCUCCUCCCUCCUCAUGGUGGCCCUCGCCUUGGUGCUCGAACUGUCCCAACCCAACUAGAGCGAGGCGCCCUCAAAUGCACUGCGACCUUCAGAGACUCCAAAACGUUUUGCAUCAAUCCUCAGCCGAGCCUUGUUUCUAAAGUGUUUAUUGCAUGGUUGGUAAGAUGAUAGACCCCGUUUCAGUGCAGGAAUCACCUGGCCCCCUCCAUCACCACCACCCGGUGGUCUUCCCUUGUGUCACAAAUGACAAAGGUGUCCCAGGACGACCUUAUGAAAGGUGCUGUAAGGGUAUGAUCAGCAUUCAUGCAUGAAUAGUGGAGCAGUAAAACAUAUUUCAGCAUUAUGAAUGUUCCAUGAAACAGGUUACCAAACACUGAGGACAGCAAAAUCCCUUAGUCAUGCCAUCACCUUUUCUAGCCUUCAAUCAAACAGCAAGACACCAAACACAUGACUAAAGUACUCAUUAAACCUUAUCCACCUUGUCCAAUGUCAGGCAAAUUUAGUUUCAGCGAAUGCCACAGUGGUCUGCACUCCCGAGUGCCAAAGCAGGCUCCAUGACCAGCGCAGAGUACAUUUUUACCAGAGCACGGAGUUAUAAAUAAUCCAGCUGAGUCACAAAAGUGCGUUUCAACGCCAGCGGUCAAAGGAGUCAGUAUUUGGCUUUUCCUUCAAAGGAAAGCUGUUAGUUAAACAGCUGGGAGCAGGACGGACAGUCACUGUCUGCUGGAAACACCAGCCAGCAAAUCCAUGACGAACUCCUGCAGGAUGUUCUGAGAGAAAGCUGCAGCCUCUGUGCUCACACGGCUGAAGAUGAGCCGAGUCACAUAGAGGCUGACAGUUCAGCUUCACAGGGAUACAGGAAAAAGCAACUGCAGAGCUGUUUCACAAGCAUCAUGUAUCAGAUGUUUAGUAUGAACUACACCUUUUGGAGUCUCAAAGCCAGUCUGCCAGAUUCCUACACACAAACUGAGAUGAUUGGAGUGCGUUCGUGGCUUGUAUCUCACAUGCACUGAAUGUUAUUGACUGAAUUACAUUUUGCAUGGUUGCCCUGUGCAUUCAGACGAACUUCUACUUUAUUCUGGCGAGAAAUCGGCAUAAUUUCCUGGCAGAAUCCGUAAAAUUCUGUUUUUUUGUUGUUGUUUCAUUGAGCAUCAAGUUAAAUUGUUAUGCUGUCAUUGUACACAUUUAUACAUGUACUGUAUGUUUUAUAUUGAUUUGAGACAAACAUUUCUUGUUAUUUAUAUAAUGCAAAGUUUAUACAGAAUGCAAACCCAUGUGUGAAGCAUGACGUUAUUCAAGACUUAUGCCCUUUAAGUGUAUAAGAAGUUGUGUUGCUUGAAAGUGUCAUCAUUGAUAUGAAGAAUGUGUUCUAGUAAAACAAUAAAAUGUAUGCUUUUUUAAAAAUGG